GAAGGACAUUUUGUUUUAGUACAUAUUUUAUAAACAAUUAAUAUUUUGUUAAUUUUCAUAUGUUGUUUACUUUAAUUUAAAAGUAGAUGAUGUUGCGGGGUUUAAGAAUAUUACUUGGGACACAGAGGUCACAUAUUGCAGUAAAUCUGACAGCUCAGAAGAGCACAUUAGCUCAGGUUGAGAAUGGUGCUGUGUCAAGCAGUGUGAUUGAGAAGUUGGUUGAGAUAUGUGGGAGUAAGGAUGUAUCUACAUCUACCCCAGUCAGGGAACAGCAUGGAAGAGAUGAAUCAUACCACCAUUGUGAACCUCCUGAUGUGGUUGUUUUCCCAACAUCAACAGAGAAAGUCAGUCAAGUUGCAAGGCUCUGUUAUGAUCAUCAGAUACCCAUAAUUCCAUUUGGAUCGGGAACUGGAAUGGAAGGUGGCGUCACAGCUUCAAAGGGUGGUGUAUGUGUAGAUGUCACCAAGAUGGACCAAAUUGAAGCUGUAAAUGCUGAGGACUUUGACUGUACUGUGCAGUCAGGCGUAACUAGAGUGGGACUAAAUAACUCACUCAGAGAUACAGGACUUUGGUUCCCUGUAGAUCCAGGUGCAGACUGCACAUUAUGUGGUAUGUGUGCUACUGGUGCUUCUGGUACAAAUGCUGUGAGAUACGGAACAAUGAGGGAGAAUGUCAUGAACCUGGAGGUUGUCCUCUCUGAUGGAAGGAUCAUUGAAACUGCUGGAAAGGGCACCAGGACAAAGAAGUCAUCAGCUGGUUACAACCUGACUAACCUGUUUGUUGGGUCUGAAGGAACUUUGGGCAUCAUCACCAAGGCAACACUAAAGUUGUACGGACAGCCUGAAUCGAUAUUGUCAGCAAUAUGUCAUUUCCCAGAUGUUCAGUCUGCAGUAGAUACAGUUGUACAGACGCUACAGUGCGGGAUUCCAAUGGCAAGAAUAGAGUUGCUUUGUGAAAAAAUGAUGGACGCUUUCAACAAAUACAGUAACUAUGACUACAAGGUGACCCCCUCCCUCUUUUUGGAGUUCCAUGGGGCUGAAAACCAUGUUGAUGAUCAAGGAAAGAUUGUAGCUGAGUUGUGUGAAGCUAAUGGUGGCACCCAGUUCAACUGGGCUAAAGACAUGGAUGAGAGAAACAAACUAUGGAAAGCCAGACACAUGUGCUUCUAUGCUGCUACGAGUCUAAGACCAGGUGCUCGGUGGCUAGCCACUGAUGUCUGUGUGCCUAUAUCAAGAUUACCAGAAAUUGUGGUUGAAACGAAAAAAGAUAUUGACAAUUCCAGUAUUCUAGGUCCUAUAGUGGGCCAUGUGGGUGAUGGGAACUUCCACACUGUGCUCGUUGUUAUGCCUGACAGCCCUGAGGAAAUUGCAGAAGCAAGUGCUCUACAUGACCGCAUGGCAGAACGAGCUAUGAAGUUAGGGGGAACAUGCACUGGAGAACAUGGGGUGGGACUAGGAAAGAGACAUCAUCUUGUGACGCAGUUUGGUCAAGGUGGAAUGGAUGUCAUGAUGCAGUUGAAACAAACACUCGACCCUAAAAAUAUUAUGAAUCCUGGGAAAGUGUUAUUUACAGACUAGUCUCAUGAAUUUCCAUUACAAGAACAGUUGUUUAAAACUUGACUGGCAUUGGCCAAAUCAUUACUAGGGGCUGUAUCAAAAUGUCAAUUUUGUGAAACUAGCGUCACUAAUUUGAUCUUCAAUUUUGGAAUAUUGUCGUCAUCUUGUGCUGUUGGGUGAGUGGGUGUGCAGACCCAGGCGCCACAUAAAUUCACAUGAAAUUCAAGAAAAACUGCUUUUCCGUUCCACUUGAAAUUCUUACAGGUGCAAGAGCAGACUAGUCCCAAGAUUUGGUUAGGUUUUGGGCAUGCUGGGUAA